AGUUUUUAAUUCAAUCUGAUCAACAGUACUCACUUACUUUUCCUUCACUAAGAACUCUCCGCAUAAUAAAGAAAAAUGAAAUUCCUUAUUGCAUCUAUCGCUCUUUUAAGUGCCAUUGCUAUUCCGUAUACGUUAGCUGUAAAAUGCUAUUCAUGUACCAGUGUAACUGAUAGCAAAUGCGGAGAUAAGUUUAGUGGAGAGUCGACAUCAAAUACUUGUACUGCUCUUUCAACUGGUGGAUGCAGCAAAACUAAAGUGGGAAGUGUUGUCACAAGAAGUUGCUCUAUUACCCUCCCAAAUGAGAAAUGUUCAGAGGUUACUGUUGCUGGAGUAACAACAGCAACAUGCUAUUGUAAAGGAGAAAAAUGCAACUCAUCCUCAACAAUAAAACCACUUUUGGAAGUUUUUGGUUUAAUAUUUUCAGUGUUGUUUUUUUUGUAUUGAGAAAUUAAGCAAGGUUUCAGCCUUUAAAUUGAUAAUUCUCACUUUCAGUAAUAGUUUUGCAACCAUUAUCUAUCAAUUACCUACAUACUAAGUAAAGUUUGAAAAAGAAAUAAUAUUGUUUUAAGUGUGAAUUGCAUGUUUAAAAAAUUUCACUUUCAAAUUAAGAUGCUUUCGGUUUGUCUUUAAAAGUAAAUUUUGUUUUUAAAAUUACAUUUACUAGUUUCUUCUUAUACUUGCAUACACUUUCACGUAAAAGAUACCUAUAUUCAGGAAUAUAACAAUACUAAAAAUUAUAUGAUAAUCAACAUAUUCAAAAUGACACUUGAUUCAAUAAAAAAGUAUUUUAUUCAGACACUCCUUUAUUAUAAUAUACAUUAUACGAUUAAUUAGGUGGUAGCUGAACGAAGAAAAUAUCUAUUAACAUAUUUUAGUCAAUACUGAAAAUUAUUGACCGUUCAAAGUUCUUGAACCAGUUUCAGACCAUUAAUUAAAUUUUUGUCUGUUUCUAUGUGAAUUUUUUAUAUACGUUUUAGCUAUUUUGUUUUAUGAAAAUUAGGAUUCAUUUUAUAGUUUUAAAGUAGUUUCAUUUAGUAUUUUACUGUAUUAAACCAUAAAAUAAUUGUUUAAAGUUGAUACGGAAAUUAUAAAAGAGGUUUGGUCGAAAAUAAAAUCUUUCAAUUAUGAAAAGAGUUCAUAACAGUAGGAAUCAAUAGGAAAGAGAUAUAUGGAUUAACAAGCUUUAUACAAGCAAUGCUAAUAGAAUAACAUUUUAUCAGACAUUUUUGUCUACGACUAUCUCCAAAUACUGCAUAUAUAAUAAAACUUUCCCUUAAAAUAUAAAUGAUAUUAAUGAUAUUACUUUGUAUUUUGUUGAAAAAGGUAGAAGAUAGGGCUAUAUUGGAUGAUCGAUUAGUAAAGCUCAUUCAAAACGGAGUUACUUGAUUAUCAUAGUAAUAUAUUAAUGGCACAAUUAAUACUUUAUUAUAUGAAAAGAAACAAGUAUAUCAAAAGCAAAUUUUAUAUUGACAAAUCUGUCUUUAUGAGAUUCAUAGAGUAGGUGUUAUACAUAAUGAUGCUAUUUCCUUGUAAAACGAUUUUCUUUAUUGGCAGUAUAACACUGUUAUAAUACAAAAUAAAUUGUUAAUUUUAAUUCUGCAAGCAACUUUAAUGUUAAAAAGAAAAAGGAAAAAAUGAUAUGAAUAUAAUAAAUUUUAAUAGGAAGUUAGGAUGGAGAAGAAUUAUCACGGCUGCAAUUAAUGUUUUGUUAUUGUAUACAACUCUACUAUGGAGAUAAGAUUUUUUUUUAAAGAGAGCAGGAAUAUAUUGAUACCUUGAUUGAUUUAUAUGACAUAUUUAAAGCUUAAACUGAAUGACCUGCAAGUUUGCGGUGCAAUUAGAUAAUUAAAAAUAGAACCAUAGACUAUGUUUUAUAUUGAAAGAGUAACAGACUUUUACUUAUAUAAAGUAGUUUUAAAUUACAAUUAAAUAGUGCAAGAUUUCGUUUUGAGCUAUAGAUUAUAUUUCGUAAGAUCGUAUUCUUGUUUAUGAAUAGGAAAUAAUAUAAUUCUUUAAAAUUUCUCUUUCAGUUAUAACUGUAAUGAUGUUAAUAAUUGAUAUCGGAAUUAAAUAUGAAUUGCUUAUUGAUUUUAUCACUAAUAAUAGAACAGUUCGUUGGCUUUAACAACACAAUAUUCCUUCGUAAUCGAUUUUCAACUAGUUUCAGACUGCUUUUUCUUUAUUGAAAUGAAUAUUGAAAGGAUAAAAGAAUUUUGUCUGAGUAUUGGUUUAAAGUAAAGUAAUAUUAUAGAUUUAUAAGAUUGUGUAUAGAGAUCAAGUACAUUGGGGGGGUCUAUAAAAUUUAUUUCUACCUUAAAGCAAACUUAAUUAUUUAGGACACACUAUCUUUUACAUAAUUAUACAUUUAAUCUCUACAUAUCAUAUAUAUACAUAUACAGAAUAGAUUAUAAACGCGAAAAGCCAACUAUACAAUAUACUUGUUUUUCAUAUUUAAGGCGAUUAUCUAAUUUUAAGAAUUAAUCAUUUCCAAUUAUCUCGAUCGAAAAGUUUACAGGUACAAGGUGGCACUAGAGGUCGUGUCAACAACUUGUAUUAGUUAUGUAUUAAUUUUGUUCUCUUAAUCCUUUAAAAUACUUCUUUGAAAGAUUCUGUAACAUAUUAUCAUUAAUAUUAUAUAACCUAUCGGUUUUUUUCAGUUCUACGUAAGUCUAGAAAAACUAGAAAAAUCACGGAGAGAAUUGUAGAAAUAUAAAACAGUUUACAUUGUAUACAACACAACUAUUGUGAUUAAUAGAAAAAAAAUGCGUGGUCUGCGUAGGAUUUUCUAAGAAAUUAAUCCAUUUUCAAAUCAGUCAUUUAUUAUUGAAGCGAUAUAUGUAGCGUCUUUUAGACGUUAUCUGUUAUGUUUUUAACCCUUUUCAAAAUAGAAGAAUUUUUACAUUAUUGUGAAAUUGAUUAAUCUUGUCCUGUAAUUUUUUUUGAUAGAUAUUUUAAAUAUAUAUUUACUGGCAAUCCCCUUUCCCUUUAUCAUUAAGAAAAGAAACUUUGCUGAGUAAGCAAUGUUUGUUUUCUUGAAGAGACUAGGGUUUUGGUGUUUACUCUAGAUAACUGAACCUACACUGAUUUUAAAAAUAAAGCAGUGCUUUUUAUAGGUAAAAUAUAUAGAAUAUAAUUAAUAAGCACUUCUAUCUCCAGUAUAGUAUGUUUUCAUCAAUAAAUAAUCAUAAUGCAACAAAUAUGCAACUGCAAUAAGACUAAUAGCAAUAGUAAUAUUAAAAACUGGGAGUUACUUUUGCUAACCCGUUUAGAGCACUUCUUCUUGUCUAACGGUCAAAUUUCAUGUUUACUUUUUACUAAUAAGAAAAUGAGAUUAAUAAAUAACAUAUUAAAUAAGAAAAUUGACUAUCUCUGCUUAUUAAGACGGUAUACAAACUUCAAACAAAAAUUGUAAAAUAUUCCAUAGGCAGUACAACUUUUUCUUAUCUAAAAGCUAUCCUUCUAUCAGCAAACGAAUAAAACGGUUAAAAAGUUGAGUAAAGUUUCAAGUUCAAACUUUAGCCAUUUUUCUUUUUCUUCAUCAAAACAUAAAACUGUUUAACAUGCUGAACUUAAUUAGAAAAGACAACAAAUAUUUGAUUCUUAUUAUUAUUUCAUUCAAAACAUACGAUUUGAGGAGAAAAUUUUAUUCUUAUGCGUAGGAUUUGUAUUAAAAGAAAUGUUCCUUAAAAUAAUUUUGUGAAUAAAGAAAUAACUAUAGCCUAUAAAC